AGGCGGCAAACGGCGGAGGAGCGCGAAGCGGAGAGACAGCAGGCCAACCGGAUCCUCAUGCAGCUGCAGCAGGAGGCCUUCCAGAAGACCAUCAACCAGCCGGUGGCCCCGGACCCUCUGUGUCUGCAGAACAGCUCCCUGUACGCCCUGCAGAACCUGCAGCCCUGGAGCGAGAACACUGCAAAGAUCAGCAGCGUGUCCGCCUGUGAGUAGAGCUCCCUGACACAGCUGGGCCUCAGGACGCAGUGACUGCAUGAUGGCAGAGCGGUCAGAGGGGCUGCAGCUGCAGAGGAGACCCCCAAUGGACGUCCGUGUCUGUUUCCUUCUGCUGUCAGACAGACUUGUGCUGCUGUCAGGGGUCUCCCAGCACUAUUCCCAUCAAAUGGGAACCACCCAGCCUGAGGAGGACUCUCCUCCCCACCUUAUGGGUGACUUCAUGUCAGAGACAUAUUUUUAUAUGGUCCUCCUGUUUUUGUUAUCAGUCUGUGUCAGUAUUUAUCAGCCCUGUUAUUGGACUUUUUUCAACUCAACUGCAAAAUAACGAAGCACUUCUUUAAUACCUUUGUAUAAAUUCAAAUGUGUACUCCUUCAAAAUGACAAAUAACGUUUGCCUGUCUGAGUAUAUUUAUUUAACCAUAUUACUUUUAAUAGAAAG